AUUUAAUCCAGCAAAGCAUGAACAUCACAAAAAAUCCGACCCAGUAAUGGCUGGGGAUAGGGCCGGCAUUCAUGAGGAAAAGGACAAGGGGCAGAAUGAAGCCGCCAAGCUCAAUCGAGAUGGUGUCCAGGCGUUUGGUCGAGGGGACUUUCCACAGGCAAUCAUUGCCUUCACCAAUGCCUUUCGUAUGCUGGAAGAGGCUCCAGUUGUUUGCUCAGAGGAUGAUGUGUCUUCCAAAGCACGCGCUCGGGAGCUUGCCGUGACUCUGGUCAACCGUGCACGAGCACAGCUGGGUGCUGGCGAUGCUUUGCAAGCAGAGAAGGAUGCUACUCAAGCAUCCAGCAUUGACUCUUCAUAUGGCAGAGCCAAGACUGUUUUGGCUGAAGCAUAUCAGAAGCAAGGGCGCACCAAGGACGCCGAGGCCCUUCUGAAGGAGCCACGUCCACCCAGCAUGCACUUGACCCGCCUACCUGCGUUGCUACAUGCCGCUUCAUGGAGGGCUCUAGCAGCUUAUGCUGUGCUUGCGACUCUCCUCGUCAGCGUGUUGGCUUUGCAUCGGCGCCUUGCGCUGGAUGCGUUGCACGGGCGACAACCAGUGCUGGGUGCGGAAGAGCUUCGAGAAGUCUUGAGGUAUAGCUCAGGCUAUGGCGUCGGCAGUUUUCCAGCUCGUAUCCGGCCGGAGCGUGUUGAGGAUGCGCAGAGGGCUUUGAAAACGACCUCAGCGCAGGAAUGGUCAACGUUCAUGAAUCAGGCUUUUGGACGUCAGAUUCCACAGGAGGAUGGAAAGCUGUUGCUUUUCUCCUGGGGUGAAAAGACGCCAAAGCAAGGGAAAGGUGGAAAAGAGGUCGCUGGCGCUCCCUGGAUCGGCAUGCUGGCUUUUGUUCCAAAGGAAGCGAAUCCCUUAAAGCUGGUGCAACUCGUGCCAGAGCGGGCAGCCUUUGGACGCUUAAAACGAUUGGGGCACAGCGCCAGGUCAUUUCUACAGAAGCAGUUUGGUUUGGGGUCUGCAAGCGGAGGACUCUUGCCCUUAGCGCUCUUGGUUCAGGGCACGGUGGCUGAUGAGCAACGCCUGCCACAGCAGCUGACCUUUGCGCGGCUGUCACUGCUGGUCGUGCUGGUCAUAGCACUGGCCAUUGCGUACGGCGUCUAUGUGGCUGUAGUUUCCUUGCGGAACUUCCGGCGGCAUCCUGCCAUGACGGAGCUCUUUGAUCCCAAUGGACGGUUUAUCAUCGGCUUGGAGAAGGACCUCGCAGAAGAAGCGCCCGAGCUCAAGCCGCGAGCGCUUGACGAUGGGAAGGUCAUCAUCACCAUGAACUGGUUUAUCUACCUUCCAGAAAAGUUUACUUUCUUUUCCAGGCUCUUCCAGCCCCUGCUGCUGCUCACAAAUCUGGUGGGUAUUGGCUCAGGUCAGGAGCCGAAGCCACCCUCCGUGGGAGGCAUUCUGCACCGGUGCUUUCAGGUCGUUGGUUUGAUCCCAAGCUGGCUCCAUUUGCUUCGGCGCAGCCUUCCUGGUGCAGUGCAGGUCUCUCCUUUGUGGGAGCUGCAGCUUGGGUUCCGAAGCGAUCAGGGAACUCCACCUCGUGGGCAAGUGAUUCUGUGGGAUGCCUCACGUGGGCACUUCGCAGACAUCAUUGGCGACCAAAAGGAGAUGGAGAACCUGGGCCGUGAUAUAGCGACACGGCAAGCGGUGGCCACGAAGCUUAUCACCUCUGCAGCAAUCUCGGAGACAGGUGGCAUCCAAAAGGCUGAAGGUGGACCCGAUCCCCGCAGUAUGUCGCUGGAAAGAUGCUACGAGGUUUUGAAGCUGUCCAGAGAUGAUGUACGGGCUGCACAGUCAACCUCCAAAGAGGAGGCCAAGUCCCGUUUGGCUCGUGCAUUCCGGCUUCGGGUCAUGGAGGGGUUGCACUCGCUCAAGAGGAUUGCGCUAGAUUUGGAUGCUGAGAAGCGGCAGGUGGAAGAGGUUGGCUUAGCGCUCGACGUGCUCAUGAGGAGGAUCAGUCUGAGUCUCGAAAUGUGAGACCGAAAAACAAAGACGGCCAAAGCGCCGUUUAAAGGGAAUCGUGUCAGGAGUUUGUGGUAGGAAUCUGUAGGAUUUGUAGGAAUUGUAGGGAUAGUGGAAGCUGUAUAUACAGUAGUAGGCUGCAGUCAGG